AUGCUUAUGAGUUUCACGGGACCGAAGCGGGGAGACAAGUCUGAGAAGGGGAUGAUACGGUCAUUAUGGAGUAGUCUGACCAGGAGACCAGCAUAUCCAGCUUAUAUGAAAUCCUCAGACCUCCGCGCGGUACCGCCGGUCAUCACCUCCCCUAUCAUCUGCUGCCCUACCUGCCAACACCCCACGUCUGACCAGCUGCAACUCCAGCAGCUACCUCCUCGACCAGUCUCGGCGCCACCUCGACCGGCUCGUCCAGCCCCGCUCAUCAUGCCCAUGCGGAAUACCUCCUCCGCGCCCACUACUCCUCUCGUAGUGUCCAAGCAUACCGCAAAUAGCCUCUACGCCCUCAAGUCCUUCUCCACCACGCACCUCUCCCUCGGUCCCAUGUCCACUCCCAAAACCCUUCCCUCGUCAUCGUCGACCUCCGCAUUUGGCGACAUACUUCACUUCCCUACUCCCCCUCGUCGGCCGGCUCGACCACCCACCCCUAAACCGCCCUCACCCGCCCAAUGGUUCAGCCGGGACUCAAUGACCUCCUCCUCCAUCCCCAUCUCCGCGCCCCGACUCGCCGCUCUGGACCUAUUCGAGCCAUUCUCCCUCCUCCCCGGACUCCCAUCCCCCACACCGAGCUCCGCCGAGUCGACUAAACGGCUCAUCCCCUCCCCAUCCAUCCCCGAGAUCAUCAUGGAAUCCCCAGAGCCCGAGGAGGUCUGUGACCUAGAGUACGCCCUCACUCUGCGCCCCACGUCCACGUACACUUCCAUCCCAAUUCCAAUGUCUCGGCUCAGGGCGGCGGUCCGGGAUCGGCAUGAAGUGGAUCUCUCGCCGGAGGACGCGGAGGCGGCGGCGUACCUCGCGGAGCAGUGGCGGAGGAAUGGGAACCGGGAUAGUAUCGCACUGUCGUGUUCGUCACUCUUAUCGGACUUGGAGGACAGUGGGGAUCAGGAGGACUCGGCCAGCGAUGCGGCCGUUUCGGAUUCGGAUUCCUCGUCGUCGUUGGGAUGUCUGACGCCCGCGGGAUCCCCAGGCGCGGAGGAGACGGCGCUGAGUCCGUGGUCGGUGCCGGUGCAACAGAGGCGGAAGGGGUCGGUGGUGUUUCCCAGCAGGGCGAGCGCGUCUUGUAGGGAGAGAGGAGAGGACAAUUUUGGGUUCAUAGAUAUCGAUAGGUAG